AUGGCAUGUGGUGCAAUGACGCAGCAGUAUGGUGCACAUACCAUGCUAUGUGAUGCAAUGACGCAGCAGUAUGGUGCACAUGCCAUGCUAUGUGAUGCAAUGACGCAGCAGUAUGGUGCACAUGCCAUGCUAUGUGAUGCAAUGACACAGCAGUAUGGUGCACAUGCCAUGCUAUGUGAUGCAAUGACGCAGCAGUAUGGUGCACAUGCCAUGCUAUGUGAUGCAAUGACGCAGCAGUAUGGUGCACAUGCCAUGCUAUGUGAUGCAAUGACGCAGCAGUAUGGUGCACAUGCCAUGCUAUGUGAUGCAACGACACAGCAGUAUGGUGCACAUGCCAUGCUAUGUGAUGCAAUUGUUAGAAAUGUGCAUUGCCAUGCCAUGCCAUGCUAUGGCAUUUCGCCCGUCACUUCUGCUCCCGCGGGCAUUUCGCCCGUCAGUUGUGCUCCAGCGGGCAUUUCGCCCGUCAGUUCUGCUCCCGCGGGCAUUUCGCCCGUCAGUUCUGCUCCCGCGGGCAUUUCGCCCGUCAGAUCUGCUCCCGCGGGCAUUUCGCUUGUCCGUUCUGCUCCCACGGGCAUUUCGCCCGUCAGUUCUGCUCCCGCGGGCAUUUCGCCCGUCACUUCUGCUCCCGCGGGCAUUUCGCCUGUCACUUCUGCUCCCGCGGGCAUUUCGCCCGUCACUUCUGCUCCCGCGGGCAUUUCGCCCGUCAGUUCUGCUCCAGCGGGCAUUUCGCCCGUCAGUUCUGCUCCCGCGGGCAUUUCGCCCGUCAGUUCUGCUCCCGCGGGCAUUUUGCCCGUCAGAUCUGCUCCUGCGUUCGCCCGUCCGUUCUGCUCCCACGGGCAUUUCGCCCGUCAGUUCUGCUCCCGCGGGCAUUUCGCCCGUCACUUCUGCUCCCGCGGGCAUUUCGCCCGUCAGUUCUGCUCCCGCGGGCAUUUCGCCCGUCAGAUCUGCUCCCGCGGGCAUUUCGCUCGUCACUUCUGCUCCCGCGGGCAUUUCGCCCGUCAGUUCUGCUCCCGCGGGCAUUUCGCCCGUCAGUUCUGCUCCCGCGGGCAUUUCGCCUGUCCGUUCUGCUCCCGCGGGAAAUUCGCCCGUCCGUUCUGCUCCCACGGGCAUUUCGCCCAUCCGAUCCGCUCCCACGGGCGUUUCGCAUCUCCCCCACGCUUCUGCCGCCCCCCCUCGCUUCCUCCUCCUACGGGCCAUCCAGCCCUCCCCCCCCCUUCCCCCUCUCCCUCCUCCUCUCCCUCUCCCCCCCCUCAGCAGCAGCAGCAGCCGAACCAGCAGCAGCAGCGGCAGCACCAGCCGCAGCAGCAGCAGCAGCAGCUGCAUCCCCCCUUCCCCCUCUCCCUCCUCUCCCUCUCCCCCCCUCAGCAGCAGCAGCAGCCGAACCAGCAGCAGCAGCGGCAGCAGCGGCAGCACCAGCCGCAGCAGCAGCAGCAGCAGCAGCAGCUGCAUCCUCCCUUCCCCCUCUCCCUCCUCCUCUCCCUCUCCCCCCCUCAGCAGCAGCAGCAGCCGAACCAGCAGCAGCAGCGGCAGCAGCGGCAGCACCAGCCGCAGCAGCAGCAGCUGCAUCCUCCCUUCCCCCUCUCCCUCCUCCUCUCCCUCUCCCCCACCCCCCCGGCAGCAGCAGCUGCACCCUCCCUUCCCCCUCCCGCUCCUCCUCUCCCUCUCCCCCCCUCCCCCCAGCAGCAGCAGCAGCAGCAGCAGCGGCAGCAGCAGCUGCACCCUCCCUUCCCCCUCUCCCUCCUCCUCUCCCUCUCCCCCCCUCCUCCUCAGCAGCAGCGGCAGCAGCGUGAGCUUGGUGCUGAUCGAUCCGCCAUCAACUGGCACUCGUUUGUCGGCAGCAUUCGCCGCGUCCUUCAGGACGCCUUCGUCGGACCCUUCUGCGUCCUCGACGUUCUCCUUCGCCGUCCACAGGCUCUCCAGCCGACUGCACCCAAUCACCCUGGCGAACCUCUCCCUCUCCCUCCCGCUCCUGGCCCCCCUCCUCCUGAGCCUAACCUGGGCGUGGCCGAUACCACCGAGCUUCAGGCCGCUGCUGACGCCACCUUCCUCCACGACCGCCGCGAGUACCUUAUCUGCAAAGCCGACCAUGAGGUUGCUGUACUCAACUACGAGUUUGUGACGUCGGAGCGUGCCACUCGCCUGGCGCUGAUUGCAGAGUACAACACCUCCAUGGCGACUUACGUCCCCAACAGCAUCGCCUCGGCCGCUGCCGACAACCGCGCCUGCACCAUCCUCCUCGGUGCCCUCCCUGACGCCCUCAUGCGCCGCUUCCAAGCUCGUGAAAUGCGAGCUCACCUCAUCUGGACCGAGCUCCAGUCUAUGUUCGAGCGCCGCGACAUCAGCUCCGUCGGCGUUCUCUUCCAGGAGUACUUCUCCAUCACCCUUGCCACCUGUGACGGUGCUGUCGACUACGUGGGGCGCAUGCAGGAGGUCGCUGAUCGCCUUGCCGCUCGACAGGCUGCCCUCUCCGAGCCCCUGCAGAUUCAUCGUCAGCUCUUCAACCUCACGCCGGACUACGACUCCCGCCUGCACGCCUUCACCGAGGCUAACCCCUUGGCUGGCCUCACCGAGGUGACUCAGUGGAUCAUUGACACUGAAGUCAAGCUCCGCACCCCCAUUGUCAACCUCACCACCACUCCUUCCUCCUCCACCUCCCUCAAUGCCACGCAGCCGCGCAACCCGGGUGGUCGCAACGGCGGCAGAGGAGGUCGUGGAGGGGGCGGGGGUGGUGGUGGUGGUCGGGGUGGUGGCGGUGGUGGCCGUGGUGGCCGUGGCCGUGGUGGUGGUGGUCCUGGUGGUACCACUCCUGGAGGUCCCUCGGGUGCCGGUGGAGCUUGUCCCUGA